CUGAACUCUUCUCUCGCUAUGGUGUUAAGCAUCAAGUGACGGUGGCUUACCAUCCUCAGUCAAAUGGGCAAGCCGAGUUGACGAACCAGGAGCUUAAAAGAAUAAUUUAAAAGACGGUGAAUCAGUCUCGCAAGGAUUGGUCCACCAUGCUCGAUGAUGCUCUUUGGGCAUAUAGGACAGCCUAUAAAAACCCGAUUGGCACGUCCCCCUAUAGGCUUGUCUAUGGAAAGACGUGUCAUUUGCCAGUAGAGCUAGAGCAUAAGGCCUUAUGGGCCCUUAAGCUGCUAAACGUAGAUUUGAGUGUUGCAGGUACUGAACGUAAGUUGCAGCUGCUGGAGUUGGAGGAAUGGCGUUGCCACGCCUACGAGAACACCCUGCUCUACAAAGAGCGAACCAAGCGUCUCCACGAUGCUCCAUUGAGGGGCCCGAAGGAGUUUCAGGUAGGUGAUCGUGUUCUGCUCUUCAAUGCACGCCUGAAACUCUUCCCGGGAAAGUUACGUUCGAGGUGGUCGGGACCCUUUAUGGUCACCCAAGUAUUCCUGCACGGGGCAGUGGAGAUCAGCAAUGCUCAAACUGAGCCAUUCAAGGUGAAUGGCCACCUCCUAAAGUUGUACUUGGGAGGUGCUGUUGAGCGUGCAGAGCUGCUGAUCAAGCUCGAGGACCCUUAGUUCCUCUACUGGCGUCCAGCUAAAAGACGAUAAAGAAGCACUUGUGGG